UUACGAUGGUUACGAUCCGCCCGUAAACAGAUAGAAGAAGAUUCACUGCAAAGACAGAAGGUUCUCUGCCAAUAAAGUCGGUCUUAUUAUACAUCCGUCAUAAAGUCACCCAAUUUGUCACUAGGAGGUUUGAAAAUAAUAAUAAUAUAGAUUUGAUAUAUAAGUCGCUAAAGGGGUCUUAAGCGUUGCCAAGCGAGCAAGUCCCUAAAUAGAGAACACUGCCAAGCCAGACUGAGAGAAGAUGCCAGCAGCAGAGGAAUCGCAUGGUGUCAACAAAGUUGUGGACAACAUCUGUAAGCUUUCUCCAGAUCUUUUGGCUGAAGCAUGUCAGCACAUUCUGAUUUAUCUUCAAGGACAAACUAAAGGAGUAGAUUCAGCUGAAAUUUCUCAUAAAUUUCAAAGAGCUGGAGUCAGACUUGACCAUGAAGCUCUACAGAACAUUAUCAGAUUUCUCCUGUUAACAUUCAGGUCAGCUGGGAAGAGCAACUUCUCUGGGGAUGACCUUGUGUCGAGGCUGGAGGAAGGCAGUAAUAAGUGGCCCAAAGCUUCCCUUCAGGUGUUGCACAGGUUGUGGAGUGAACAUGGUGCAUUAGUCCAUGCUCAGCAGGAGGUCCAGGCCAUGCUCAGCAUCAGCCAGUUAGUGGACAUGCAGUGGAAGCUCGGCAUGGCCGUGAGCUCCGACACCUGCCGAUCUCUCAACUCCCCAUACGUGUCUCUACUGCUAAAGAUCGUUGAGCCCUCUGGGCAGAUUUGUCAGAGGUCUUUUGAAAUGACCAUUCCACAGUUCCAGAACUUUCACAAGCAGUUCAAGGAGAUGGCAGCCGUUAUGGAGACUGUGUGAUGGUUGCAAGUUCACCUAAGUGCUUGUCGAAAUGACACUCCAGUUAACUUGUUACCCAACCGAAGAACUGCUUGACACAGGUGUGUGUCUUCUGGCUGUUAAACAUGUGGAUACCAAUUAUUGCAAAUGUCAAUUGUCUGCUUUUCGCUUUGCUUUUUUUUUUUUUUUUACUUUACAGAUUGCAUAAGCUCCUAAAUGAUUUACUGAACAGUCCUGGGGCUUUUUGUUAACUUCUGAAUUAUGAGGACUUUUGCCAUGUUUUUUCCCCUGUUAAUACUGAAAUGUAUACUGUGUGGUUUGAUGCCACACAACAAUGAUGCAAUAACAAUCAUUAAAUGUAAACCUCCAUUG